AUGACUUCUCUACCCGAAGAUGACAUCCUCAUGGAUGACCCGACGGCGGGUGUUGACAAGCCUUACCACUCGAAACGCCCGCACAGAAAGUCGCGGCUUGGUUGCAAAAACUGCAAAACCCGCAAGGUCAAAUGCGAUGAAGGUCGCCCGCGAUGUCGUGCUUGCACACUAAGGAAGGAGACAUGCGUCUAUCCCAGUGGACCGCAUGCGAGGCCUGCCUCCGCCUUGACAGCCUCGUCCAGCCGGGCAGGAUCCCUCGCGUUGCCCGAGACACCACCUCAGGCCUCACCCCCGUCGUCUGAAGAUUCCGACUCGGCGUUGGUCAUCGUUAAUGAGCCAUUAUUCACCUAUGGCGGAAAGGACGCCAUCGAUAUGCAGCUGCUCUGGUUCUACACGGCCAAGGGUUUCGACUCCUUUGCCAUUGACGCACGCCUUGAUCCAGCCGUCGAUACAAUCCUACGCGUCAAGAUACCAGAGCAUGCCUUCACUCAGACAUUCCUGAUGGACUGUCUCCUCGGACUCUCCGCUUCGCAGAUGCGUCUGGCUGGCCAGGAUGUUCCAGAAUCAAAGGCCAUCACCUACAGGGCUAGAGCUUUCGAAGGGUAUCGAAGGGCUGUGGAAAAGGCAGACCCUGCAUCCUUCCCCGCCCUUUUGGCUGGCUCUCUGCUUCUUUGUGCCCUGUCCUCGCAAAUGUUCCGCGAGCCCGACGCUAAACCCCUCUAUAUACUCGACUGGAUGACUGUCUGGAAGGGCAUUGGGCUCAUCGUCGAGCUGAUCACGCCGCAGAAACUCCACGAGUCUGGUAUGGCGCCCAUUUUCGUACGCCCGGCUAUCGACUUGGACGAGACGGCCAAGCACAUUCCAGGCAACCUGCUAUUCAUGGUGUCAUCCAUCAAGCCCGGCGACGAAGAUUAUCCCUACGUGGAUACGUAUUACGAGACGCUGAAAUAUCUCGGUGCUCUCUACAAAGAGUUGUCCCUGGGCUUCAGCGACAUACUGGGCCUCCGUGUCAUCACAUGGUUUACCUUCAUUCCACGGCAAUUUGUGCAACUAGCUCGCCAGAAACGACCUCGCGCCCUUAUCGUCAUUGCACAUUACCUCAUCUUUGCCAGGAUCUGCGACGAGGUCUGGUGGAUGAAAGGCGUGGGCGACCGAGAUCUGGACUACAUCGUCCAGAUGCUCGGGUCAGAAUGGGACCAUGCCCUACGCGUCCCCAGAGCGGCGGUGGCAUAUAGCAGUGAAUGCAAGGUUGAAUUGGCCAUGUUGCUGCUCGAGGAUGAAACUUGGCAGCCCCGCAGAGUGCAGGACUAUUACAUUGUGCGCAAGGACUACAAAUCCAGGACAGUGGCGCUGGUGAAUGAUAGCGGCCAGGCGGUCGAAUACGAUGAGACUGGCUUCCACAAUCCCAAAGCUCCUCCAGACUCCCCGGGCUCACCAGCGACUGUCGGCCGCGUUGAACUGGUCACGCAGCCCAACCCUGUCUUUUCGGCUGGCCUUGAUACGAUCGAUCCGGAUAGCAGUCUGCCAUAUAGGUCCAGCUUUCCGCCACCACCUCCACCGCCAGCAGGUGGCUGA